AUGAGUUACGAAGGCAAUGGCGACGGCGUCGCUGUCGCUACCGAUAACAACAACCACAACUACAACCACCACGACGACAACGAGAACUACAUAGCUCUGGAGAGCUCGCCUCAUCCGUCUCUUGGUGGCGAGGACCGUCACGAAAACCCCAAAUCUCGAGAGUCUCCUUAUCUUGCAAAGGAAUCUCCAAGAAGUGACAAGGAUAGAGACAGAGAACGGCAUCUAGAGAAGGACAGUGAACGGGAGAAGAGCAGAGAUAGAGAGAGGGAACGAGAUCGCCGUUAUAGGGACCGUAGUAGCAGAGAGCGUAGUGAGAGAAGGGGACGCCGGAGAGAUGAUUUGGACGAUGAUGAUCAUCGCAUAAGUCGAGACCGUGACAAGAGGAGGUCUCGCGAUCGUGAGAGAGAGGAGAGACACAGGAGACGGUCACGCUCUCGUUCGAGGAGGUCACGCUCUCGCUCUCGUUCAAGAAGGUCUCGGUCAAGGAGGUCUCGCUCUCGCUCAAGGAGCCGCUCUGAUCGUAGGUCAAGAUCAGAACAUAGGCAGAGGUCUGAACAUAGAUCACGUUCACGCUCACGGUCUAAGAGCAAGAGGAUAAGUGGAUUUGAUAUGGCGCCUCCUGCUUCCGCAAUGUUAGCCGCUACUGCUGUUGCUGCUGCAACAGCCCAGGUCCCUAGUUUGCCAACCAAUGCUACUAUUCCAGGAAUGUUCCCCAACAUGUUCCCAACCAUCCCUGGUCAGCUAGGCGCUCUUCCUGUAAUGCCAGUUCAAGCAUNGAGGGGAUCUUGCGGCGAAGUGAUCUUCGCGGCGAGACGGAUCUCUGUGGCGAGACAGAUGGUUUCUUGUAGGGGCAGGCUUGUCCCUACCUUCAGCGGGUAG